AAUCACAUUUUAUGCACUGCUCAAAAUGAUUAAGAAGCUAAUUUUGUGUGCUGCGCUUUUUAUCUUAGAUGCUAAUGCAGGAGCAAUUGAUUUCAUCAAGCCUUGCGCUUGGAAUGAUAAGGCUUGCAUUUUGGAUUCAUCAAAAUUAGCGCUACCGUAUUUUGUCAAGGGUAUUCCUGAAAUAGGAGUCUCCCCGGUGGACCCUUUUACCAUUGAUGAAGUCAACGCCGAUAAUGGAGAACUGAAGCUUCUGUUCAAAGAUAUAAAAGUGGAGGGUAUUUCGAAAUGUGAAAUCGGUGAAAUAGAGAGACCAACAGACAAAACUCAUUUAAGGUUUAUUUUAUAUUGCCCCAUACUGAUAACGGGCAAAUACAAAUCCGGCGGCAAAAUAUUAUUAGUGGACGUUGAAGGAGAGGGAGAUACUGAAAUCAAGACUGAUAAAGCCCGGAUCGAAGUAGAUAUAAAAAUGAAGACCAUUGUGAAGGACGGCAAGAGCUACUACAAAUUCACCAGCUUCGAUUACAAGUAUGAACCGAUCGAAAAGUUGCAUUUUAAAUUUGACAACAUGUUCAACGGAGAUAAAGCGAAAGCCGAACCUUUUCUAAAGCUCUUAGAUCAAAGCUGGAAGGAAUUGGCCCAGCUAGGAAAUCCUCUCAUUAAGGCAAUAGUCAUGAAAGAAACGGCUAACAUUGAAAAAAUAUUCCUUGCUAUGCCUAUAGAAGAAAUCGAACUGCCAGCUUAG